AUGACGACUGAUCAACAACAAAACAUCAAUGCAUCCACCUCAACCUUAGAUCAUAAAGAAAUUGAUUAUUCAGAGGAUGAAAUGACUCCAGAAGAAAAAAAACAACAACGGAAGAAAGUGAUCAAAUUUGUUCUCGAUCAAGUUUUAGCAAUGGUUAUCAUGCUCACUAUCGAUGUGGGAAUCCCUUUAGGUCUGUAUUAUGCAACAAGAGAUAAAGUUGGCUAUGUAGUUGCUCUUGUCAUUGGUGGUAUUCCUCCUUUCUUACACGUUCUUUACAAGUUUUGGAAAAAACGUACACUGGAUAUCGUUGGUUGCAUCUUUGUUGCCUCUUUUAUUGGAUCCGCCAUUCUUUCUUUGAUCACUGGUGAUGCUCGUAUUGCUUUAUUCCGUGAUGCUACAGUAGAUAUCUUGAUUGCAUUUAUCUUUCUAGUGACCUUACUUCCUAUUCAUACUAGAUGGGUAAAUCUACAACCACUUUGUUAUCUGAUUACAGCUCAAAUGUUAAGUGAAGCCCCUCCAAUGAAAUGGGUAACGGAGAAAGAAUCGGGUGAACCAGAAGAACAUAGUCAGCCUAUGGCGGAAUGGAUGUGGGAGCAAGUCUCUUUCUUCAGAAAGUUUUGUUACAUCUUGACGAUAUUAUGGGGCGUAGUCAUGUUGACAGAUUUUACUAUCAAGGCGGUAUUGAUUUUAGGAACCACAAUGUCGAUAGAUCAAUUGGUGGUGGUCAAUAACAUUUUACAAAUAGUCAUCACUGUUGUCAUGACCAGUGGAAGUAUGAUUGCCUGUGGAUUUAUGCACAAACAUGUGUCUGCCCGUAUGAAAGAAUGGAAAAAGACCCAUGUUACACCUGAAAAAUAUGCUAAGAAAACGAUACCUCUAACUACCACUGAAGAAGUAUGA